AUAUUCCUUUAUAUUUGACAUUUUACACACCAAAAUGCACUCUGUAUAGUUAUUAUUCAGAUUAAAAAAAAAUUCAGAAAUAUUGCUUUAUUAUAAGUUUUCUCAAAAAAGAAAAAAGAAGACAAGAAAAAAAGAAAAGCAACUCCAAGGGUUGAAUUGGUCAACUUUGAUCGUCAAGGUACAACACUCCGAAGCAUACCAUUUUCUUUUGAUAAGUCGAUGCAUACUAUUUUGGCAGCACGCGAUAUCUUUAAUUUAAUUUAAUUUAAUUUAAUUUAAUUGAGCGCAGACAAAAAAUUCACGACUUUACCUAAAAGAAGUAUUAAGAAAAACUAAACACAACGGGAAAAAAGGGGGCAGUAACAUGGAUGCAGGCAACCAAAACCCGGACGCGUCUGCCGAAAAUAAACCGUGAUUCAUAAACCGACGAUACGUCCGGAAAAUUUGGUAGAUUCCCCUUCCGGCUGGUCUUUUGGGUUAAACAAACACACAGAAACACCUUUCACUCUGUGUGUGUAUAUGCGAGAGAGAUACAGAUACGGAGGGGGAGAUAGAGCGACUCGGCCCCUUUUGUAAUUCUACUCCUGAAACCCUAAUUUCACUUGUGGGGCAAAAAAACUAUCGGUUAUUUGCAGAACUUGCACCGUUUCUAUUAUUUAUUUCGGUAUGCUUUUUUACUGUAAGAUUGACCUCUCAUUACUUAGUUGUAUCUGAAUGUAUUUUUUUUUCAAUUAAGAGAUUUUUCGUUUUUGUGAUGUGAGCGGUUUGGAUUUCGAUAGCUGAUUUUUGUUUGUUUCCAAUGGAUCAGUUGUAGUUUGAGAGGGUUCAUGGGCAUUGUUGACUGGAAAUUGCUGACUGCCUGAUUCUGUGAAGCUCUGCCGCGGCGGAGUGAGUUCCGGUGGAAAGGAUGGAUGUUGUGGCUAGUUGUAAGGACAAAUUGACGUAUUUUAGAAUAAAAGAGCUUAAAGAUGUCCUUACACAGCUAGGGCUUUCAAAGCAGGGAAAGAAACAGGACCUUGUAGAUCGAAUAUUGGCCAUUCUCUCUGAUGAGCGAGGUAAAAUGGCUCUCUUUAUUACUCUAUCUUCCAAAAAUUUAUCAAAUUCGUUUUACGAGGAAAAAGCUAUUUUCAUCAAUAUACAAGUGCUUGUGAAAUGCAACUGUGAAAUAUUUGGAUCAACGGAAAUUAGGAAGGUAGAAAUAUUCUUCUAUCCUCAUGAUGAUCUUAUGCCCACUCUCCCUUGUUCCCGUAUCAGAAAAAUGCAGGUUCCUGGUGCUGCUGACUUGGCAUCAAAAUCUCAAGGCUUAUCAGACAGUACAACCGUAAUACCUAAAGAAGAAAUUGUAGAUUCAUAUCAAAUGGAUAAGAUACGCUGUCUUUGUGGAAGCGGGCUUCCAACUGAUACAAUGAUCAAGUGUGAAGAUCCUAGGUGUAAUGUAUGGCAGCAUAUAGCAUGUGUGGUGAUUCCCGAGAAACCCUUGGAAGGUGUUCUGCCGACUCCUCCAGAGAUUUUUUACUGUGAAAUUUGUCGGCUGAGUCGGGCUGAUCCCUUCUGGGUUACAAUUGCGCAUCCUCUUUAUCCAGUGAAGUUGAAUAUCACAAAUGUUCCCGCUGAUGGCUCUAAUCCUGGUCUGAGCAUUGAGAAAACUUUUCAACUCACAAGGGCUGACAAGGACUUAUUGUCUAAACAAGAGUAUGAUGUUCAGGCCUGGUGCAUGCUUCUUAAUGACAAGGUGACGUUUAGGAUGCAUUGGCCACAAUAUGCAGAUCUACAGGUCAAUGGUGUCCCAGUGCGGGCGAUAAACAGACCCGGAGCUCAACUUCUCGGAGCAAAUGGUCGAGAUGAUGGACCUGUUAUUACACAAUGCACCAGAGACGGAAUUAAUAAGAUUUCCUUAACAGGAUGUGAUGCUCGCAUUUUCUGCAUGGGAGUCAGAAUUGUGAAGCGGCGUACUCUGAGUCAGAUUCUUAACAUGGUCCCGAAAGAGGCUGAAGGUGAAUGUUUCGAGGAUGCACUGGCUCGUGUUCGUAAAUGUGUUGGUGGUGGGCCUGCCACAGAAAAUGCUGAUAGUGACAGCGAUAUUGAAGUUGUUGCUGAUUUUGUUCCGGUCAAUCUCCGGUGUCCUAUGAGUGGUAUGAGAAUGAAAGUGGCUGGAAGAUUUAAGCCUUGCGCACACAUGGGCUGUUUCGAUCUAGAAGUGUUUGUGGAAAUGAACCAACGAUCCAGGAAGUGGCAGUGUCCCAUUUGUUUGAAGAACUAUUCUUGGGAGAAAAUCAUAAUAGAUCCAUAUUUCAAUAGGAUCGCAUCUAAGAUGCGGAAUUCUGUUGAAGAUGUGGCAGAGAUUGAGGUGAAGCCUGAUGGCUCUUGGCGUGCAAAGCUAGAAGGCGAUAAUAGAGGUAUUGGGGAGCUUGGGCUGUGGCACUUGCCUGAUGGUACCAUCUGUGCAUCCACAAAAGCAGAAUCUAAGCCGAAACCAGAACUUAAACCAGUUAAACAGGAACUUGGUUCUGAUAGUCAUGCCGUCUUAAAGAUAGGAAUUAAGAAAAACCAAAAUGGUUGUUGGGAGUUUAACAAACCUCGUCAUAUUCAGGGAAUCUCGCCUGCAAAUAGAUUUCACGACAAUUUUGAAGAUAAUGGUCAGAAUGUAAUUCCUAUGAGCAGCAGUGCCACUGGCAGUGGCAGAAAUGGGGAAGAUGUUAGUGUGAACCAGGAUGGUGGAGGAAAUCUCGAGUUUUCUGCAGUUAAUGGUAUAGAAUAUGACUCCAUCUCCCUCAAUGUUGAUCCACCACAUGGAUUCAUUGAUUCGUUUACUGCUGCACCAGCUGGCGAUGCUGAAGUGAUUGUCCUCAGUGAUUCUGAUGAAGAAAUAGAUCCAAUAAUUUCUUCUGUGGCUGACUAUCAGAAUGGACAAGAUACCGGCGGGCUUCAGUUUCCAGCUCCACAGCAUGGAAAUCCUGAUCCUUAUUACGAAAAUGCCUCCCUUGGUAUUGGUGGAAGUUCAUGCCUCGAUCUUUACAACACGAAUGACGACGAGUUUGGAACUACAAUGUGGCCAUUACCUUCAACUGGUCAGGGAGUUCCUAGUUUUCAAUUGUUUGGUUCUGAUGCUGAUGUAUCUGACCCUUUAGCUGACAUGCGACAUGGUACUAUUAAUUGCUCAUCGUCUAUGAAUGGUUACACAUUGACUGGAGAGACUGCUAUGGGUUCUGCUGCAUUUGUUCCCGAGUCUAGUGGUCAACAUUCUAAUGUGAAUGAUGGUUUUGUAGAUAAUCCUUUGGCAUUUAGUGGCAAUGAUCCGUCACUUCAAAUAUUUCUCCCUACAAGACCAUCUGGUACAUCAACAGCGCAGUCUGAUAUGGCAGACCGUCCAGAUGUAUCAAAUGGUAUUAGUGCUGAGGAUUGGAUUUCUCUCAGGCUUGGGGAUGGUGGCAAAACGGGUCGGAAAGAUUCUGCAGCUGCAAAUUGUUCUAGUUCAGGACAUGAAUUACAAUCAAAGGACGGCGGCGCCUUGGAGACAUUAGCAGACCAUGCAUCCCUUUUGCUCGGUAUGAACGACAGCAGGACUGGUAAGAGGGAAAGAAUAGAUAGUCCCUUUUCUUUUCCACGCCAAAGGCGUUCUGUAAGACCAAGAUUAUACCUGUCAAUUGACUCAGAAUCCGAGUAAAACCAUCGAAACUGUAUCUGGAGGAAAAAUCUUCUUUUUUAUAAAAAAUGAUUGUUGGGCUACCAGAUUGCACCAUCAAAUGAAGAAGACAAUUUCCAUAAGGAUUAUCGUCUCAUUCAUCCUAAUUAGUUGACCUGUAUAAUGGGAAAGCUAGCUGCAAUACGCGCAGUUAGAGGAUAACGAUUACCAGAUAACUUAUUAGUAAGCAGUAGGUGCUGCCUCCACCUGUUUUGCAUUUUAUUAUAAUCGAGGAUCCUUCCAAACAGGUUUGGUUAUUGCAUUUUCCCCUUUGAUUGGUGAUUCGGACUGUACAUUCAGGGUUCCGUUAUUUGGGGGAAUUGAAAGUAAGUACAAUUUUAAUUUUUCUUGGAGGUUUAGGUUUUAGGGCAGGGGUGCUCUUAAUCAUAUUGAGAAAAUUACCUGUAAAUGUCACAUACAUAGAUUCAGUAAUUUUGAUUUUUUGUAAAUAUAUAAGUUGAUGUUUGCAAUUAUAUUUCCGUGUAAUAGUUGCUCCCAGUGAGUGUGAUGUCGGGUGGCUGGUGAAUGAUUUAAUUCAUGUCUAGGGAGUAUUUUUUUUUUAUCUAAUUUGUAUGCUUAAGCUAUGUGGUUUGUAUCGACUUGUAUUUUUUUUGUCAAAUGCCAUUAGCAGAUUUUCAGGUUGG